AUGGCACCAGACGAUGCCAGAGCAAAUGCUGCAGCAGCGUUAUCCGGCUCUCAUCAUCAUGAAGGCAACAUCGACGCAACAGCAGAGCUAUCUCAGCUCAACAUGAAUGUAGCCGGGCCGCAGAGUGACCGGUAUACCGCCGCUAAGUGGAAAGUACGUUGUGAAACCGAGCUCAGCAUGAGCGUUCCUUGGCUAGAGAGAAUAAAGGCAGUACGGGUCAUUGCAGACGAAGUGCGACCUUAUUCCGAGGUGGAAUCUUUGGCCCUUCUUGAGAAUGUUCGUGAUAUGGCUGCUUCAAGUGCCGACCUCGAGGCCAGGCGUGUCGUCUUCUGGCUCUUCCAAGCGUUAGCCUCGAUUCCCAUUUCCCAACAGUUGCAAAUACAGCUCUUCGAUUUGAUCACGAUUCCUGUGGAUGAUACUCUGGCGUACGCUCAGAUUUCUGCGCUUGGUCGACUGGCCGAACAAGAAUCUCUGGCGGAAGACCUCCAGGCCAACAUGGCCACUCAUAUUGUAGAUCGCUUUAAUAGCCUGUUCACACAAGGAGAAAAAGCUCGUCAUAUUCAGCAUGUCAACCCGAAUGCAAUGUCUGAAUCAGCAGACGGUGCAACGAGAAAACGUCCGGAGGAGGAAAAGGCGCUUCUGAAAGCUUUGACAAUACUGAGUGGCAUGAUCAAGAUUGGCGGUCAAGUACUAGACUUUCGUCGCGCGACGAGCCUCACUGCCAUGAUAAGUGACUUUUUGGGAAAGACAACAGGCAAUGCGAUAAUGAUAGGUCUUCUGCAGCUUUCUUCAGAUUGCGUGGUCCAUGUACAGAUGCCGGCAAACAGUCUCCAACAAUGCUUACACAUACUGUGUGGUGUAGCUCGGGAGGAAAGGUACAAGUUUAGAGCAGAAGCUGAUAAAACGCUCGCUGUGUUACUGAGAUUCAGAAGACAAGAAGUUAUACUCGCAGCCAACGAUACCAUUUUUCAACGACUGCUCCACUCGUUUCUCGAUGUGAUAAAGAGCGACCCCCCCAGAUCAGGAGAAGAGACGGACCUUUGCCUGUCUUUUGCUGAGGGCGUGGUAGACAUUUUCUUAGAGAUAUUCCAAGUCUCGGCUCGGCGAGCUGUCGCAGUCUAUAAUAUUUGCGUUCAAAUUGCGGCUGUUGCAAGAUUACCAAAUGUCAAGCUAGCCGUGAUGAAGCUUCUCGUGAGGGUUCGCUGCGACUUAGAUUAUGGCGUGCGUGUAACCAGAGAUACAGAGAGCGAGGACAAUGCUGCAAUCUUGCAUCGAAUCAAAAUCGCAAAUGUCCCUAUUCACAUGCCAUCAUUAAGUUCUGAUCAAAAAGUAGCCUCAGACUCUACAUCAACAUCAUCCACAGGCAGUCGAUCUCGAAAAUCAAACACUUAUGGACAGUCCAGCUCUCGCUCUGCGGCAAGACCUCCCGGCAAUCAGACUGGCUUCCUCAGAGCAGAAGAGAAACUUUGGGUGUAUGAAGAUGAAUUUGCCUGUCCAACUGAGAUACCAAGCCCGGUCCUUCUGCUGCAAAGUAAUGCAAGUAAUGAAGACGAUACGAGUUAUAUUAAUAUCGGACGAUGGUUGAAGAUAGUGAUUGAUGAGAUCAAAACAUCCAGAGACUGGGAAAUAUACAGUUACAUCUUAGUGCAUUUACCAUCCCAGCUUCGCAAUUGUUCUUUAUUUCAAGGUCAGGCAAAGCAAAUCUCGGAGCUGCAUGAUCUACUCAACGAAAUACUGAGCGACAACACUUUCCUCGAGCCCCCAGAAAGGACCGGAGUUCGCAGAGGAGAUGUUGCACUUUGCCUGUAUGACGCAUUGAUUACUUUACUGGGGUAUCGGGAUUUCAUUGGACUCCGUCAGUGGAAUCGUGCAGUUUCCACAAUCAGAAUAGGGAUUGAGAAAUGGGAUCGAGUUGGGAAAUUCGCUAUGCAAGCCCUUACGAUAUGUUGCUAUGAAAUACCCAACAUCAUUGAGAAUCAUUUGACUAUGAUUGUUGAAAUGAUGCAGAAACGAAUUACUCAGUCUGAGUUUGCCACAGACAUACUCGAGUUUCUUGCGGCAUUGGCACGACUGCCUGAUGCAUAUGACAGAUCUAACUUCAGCCUUCACCAGAAAAUCUUUGGCAUAUGCAUACGAUACCUCCAGUAUUCUCGUGAGCACCGAAAAGGCGGCUCCGCUAAUAACACCGUCAACAAGACUCUAGGCAGCCGUACCAGCGGAAGUUCAGGCGAAGGUUUCAAGUAUCACAAACAACCGCUGGUGCCGUUCGUGGAACGCAGGGUCUACGAAUACGUCUUCACAAUAGCCUAUCAAACUAUGAUAUUCUGGUUUCUGGCUCUAGAUGUUCAUGAACGCGCUCGACAUGUCGCCUGGAUCGCUCAAGAAUUAGCGCUCAAAGUGGCGGGAGGGAAGGAGGAGAUGGAGCAACAGAGUCUUGUCUUCCUUGAUAUGAUGCAUCGAACAACGUACUCUGAUCUUGGAGAGACUUAUUCUGCGCUUCAAACUGCUGAUCCAAACCGGAAUAUCAUUAGAGGAAUGUGGUUAUUGGGUUUAAGCGUUGUUGCCAUUGAGGUCGUGUGCGACGAAGACACUGGCAAACCUAAAAUUUCCCAAUUCACCAAGCGUCAAGCCUCGGGAACAACUUAUGCAGUCUACUAUCAUAACACAGAAGAGAGACCUGCACAUCAAGUAGUGGAGACCAGUGGGGCGCUCUUUGAUCAAUACCCCAACCACCUAAUGCUCCAAAUGUUCUCCACCGUCUCGCCUAUACCCACGCCCAUGCAGCCAAUACCACUACCUAGUGACGACGACAUGACUAAUCGGGUAAUAAGACUAUUCGAUGCCACCGAGACCGUGGAUGGCCAUAAAGCUGCCGUCAUAUAUGUAGAUAUCGGUCAGACCCAAGAAGGCGAAAUUUUAGGCAACAGGCAGGGUAGCGAAUCAUUCGACGCAUUCCUUUCAAAGCUUGGGUUCAGAGUUUCGCUCAAAAACGCAAAAUUCAAUACCCAAGGUCUAGAUCGGCAGUAUGGGAGCGACGGGACCCAUACUUAUGCGUGGCGAGAUCGGGUUAGCGAGAUAGUCUUUCACGUUCCCACCAUAAUGCCUGAUGAUCCCGAUGACGAGGGGUAUGCGAGGAAGAAGUCCCACGUGGGCAAUGAUCACGUAAAGAUCAUUUUCAACGAUUCUGGCGUUUCAUACAGGCCCGGCAUUUUCCCCUCUGAUUUCAACAGCGUGAGUAUAGUAAUAACUCCCGAGGCUCCGUCGAAGAAACGAGGUGUGUCUAGGAUUAAGAAGCCGUCUAUUUUGGACAAGUCCAACGACCGCGAAUGUUCUGAUACUGAAGAAUACGGUUAUUUCCACGUACAAACCCUCACAUCCGAAUCAUAUCCGCCGUUUUCACCAGCGACAAACACCAAGGUGGUCUCUGCCGGCGCCCUCCCGUCUCUCGUUCGUCAGUUGGCCAUUACUGCUUCAGUUUUCUGCCAGGUCUGGCAUCGCAAUCUGGGCGAAUACACGUCUUGUUGGCGUUUUCGAUUGCAGCAGAUUCUCAAACUCAGAGAUAGAUAUGCGAAUGCGAACGCUUCUGCGAAUGUCGACUAUCCUCAGGUGGCAGAAGCUGAACCCGCCACAUAUACUGAAGGGGGCACCUGGUCUGGCAACGUGGCUUUCGGCGGCAUUGCGGAAGCGAACAAACUUGCAUCUAGCUUGGAUUUCACACGUUGGACAAAAUAG